AUGGCGGCGCCCGCAAUGCUCGGAGGGGCCGCCCGAUUGUGGAGCUUCUGCAACUCCGUCGGGUCCGGGAGGUUACUAGCACCUUGCAGUGCCCCUCUUCUGUCAAAUAUUCAUACAAGUGCAUCUCUUGGGGAGCUUGGAAGAUGGGAAAAGAAGAAUAGGAUGGUUUAUCCUCCACAGCAACCAGGAGAACCUCAAAGACCUACAGAAAUAUACCACUGUCGAAGACACAUUAAAUACAGUAAGGACAAGAUGUGGUACCUGGCAAAACUGAUACGAGGCAUGUCCAUAGAUCAGGCACCAGCGCAGUUGGAAUUCAAUGACAAAAAGGGAGCAAAAGUGAUAAAAGAGGUCCUUCUAGAAGCCCAAGAAAUGGCGGUGAGGAAGCAUAAUGUAGAAUUUAGAUCCAACUUACACAUUGGUAAAUAGUUUUUUUAAU